AUGUCUUUCCCAGUCAAGGAGAUCCCAACCAAGCCUUACGACGGCCAGAAGCCAGGUACCUCUGGCCUCAGGAAACGUGUCAAGGUCUUCCAACAGGAGCACUACACAGAGAACUUUAUACAGUCUAUCUUUGACUCCAUCGACGCCAAAGACCAAACCAUCGUCAUCGGUGGAGAUGGUCGGUACUUCUCCCCUGAGACUGUGCAGACCAUUCUCAAGAUCGGUUCUGCCAAUGGCGUCAAGAAGUUCAUCGUCGGAAAGGAUUCCAUUCUCUCUACCCCUGCCGCUUCCAAUAUCAUCAGGAAGUUCAAGGCCUACGGUGGUAUCCUCUUGACUGCCAGUCACAACCCUGGUGGUCCCGACAACGAUUUCGGUAUCAAGUACAACGUCUCCAAUGGCGGCCCAGCUCCCGAGAGUGUCACCAACAAGAUCUACGAAAGGACCAAAACCAUCUCGAGCUACAGGAUCAUCGAGGCUCCUCCCGUCGAUCUCUCCAAAAUUGGAGAGUCCAAAUUUGGCCCAUCAGACGUGUCUGUCAUCGAUUCCGUCGAAGACUAUGUCAUCCUUCUUAAGGAAAUCUUCGACUUCCCAUUGAUCAAGAAAUUCCUAGACGCCCACCGGGAGGACUUCCCGGUUCUCUUCGAUGGUUUGAAUGGCGUUACGGGUCCUUACGCUCGCGCUAUUCUCAUCGAUACACUCGGUCUCCCGGAAUCAUCCGUUCAGAACUGCGUCCCUCUCCCUGACUUUGGCGGAAGCCACCCCGAUCCCAACUUGACCUAUGCUGCCAGCUUGGUUGAGGUCGUCGAGAAGAACAACAUCCCCUUCGGCGCCGCCUCGGAUGGUGACGGCGACAGGAACAUGAUCUACGGCAAGGGUGCCUUUGUCACUCCUUCCGACUCUGUGGCCAUCAUCGCCCACUGGGCUCACGUCAUCCCUUACUUCAAGAACGGUGGUGUCAAGGGUCUCGCGCGAAGCAUGCCCACCAGCAAGGCUAUCGACCUCGUCGCCCAAAAGAAGGGUCUCGAAUACUUCGAAGUCCCCACCGGCUGGAAAUUCUUCGGAAAUCUCAUGGAUGCUGGCCGUCUCUCUAUCUGUGGAGAGGAAUCCUUCGGUACUGGUUCUGACCACAUCCGUGAAAAGGAUGGUCUCUGGGCUAUCGUCGCUUGGCUCAACAUCAUUGCUGCCGCCAACAAAGAAUCCCCUAACAAGCUCAUCGGGAUCAACGACAUCCUUCAAGAAUUCUACUCCAUCUACGGAAGGUCCUUCUUCAGCCGCUACGACUACGAAGAAGUCCCCUCUGAGGGCGCCAACAAGCUCGUCGCCAACCUCAACGAAGCCAUCACCACCGGUUCUCUCAACAACACUGCCCACACUGCCGCUGUUGCUGGUACCUCGUUCACUGUCUCCGGUUUGUACAACUUUGAGUACAAGGACCCGAUUGACCACUCGGUGUCGAAGAACCAGGGUCAGGUUAUCACGUUCUCUGAUGGGUCGCGUGUCGUGUUCAGGUUGAGUGGAACCGGAAGCCAGGGUGCGACUGUCCGCAUGUACGUUGAGAGAUACGUCGCACCUUCGGCCCCCAAGGAGGAGCUCGAGAAGCCUGCUGCCGAGGGAUUGGCUGGCUUGAUCGAGGUUGCUCUCGAGUUGAGCAAGUUGAAGGAGUACCUCGGCGUCGAGAAGCCCACUGUUAUUACCGUGCGUCCUCUGUCCACCCUUUUAACCGUUGAGGUGCUAAUGGAUACAUUGCAGUAA